AUGCGCCGCGUCGUGCAGAUGCAGCAUGCGUACCUGUACGGCGGCGCGAGCGGCAUCAAGCCGCUCGUCAGCAUCCGCGAGGACCUCAUGGAGGUCACGGGAAACCUGCUUGACGGCUCCGACUUUCUCGAGCUCAUGGAGUAUGGAAUCCGCCGCGGAAAGCCGCGUGCCUUCACCUAUGUCCUCAUGCCCGAGCGCCUCUACAUGGCGGAGACAGGCGCCAAGUUCUUCAUCAACAUGAUGUCCAAGCACGCCAUGCACUGCUCCGCGUCGCCAGAGGUCGUCUACGCGGGCGAGCUCCACUUUCGCUGCGCCCCCGUCGGCUCGGGAGAGCCCCUGCACACGCUCGUGGUCGACAACAACUCGGGCACGUAUACCCCAGACAAGAUCGACCUGCCGCUCGUUGUCGAGGUCUUCCGCCGCAACUUUACAGGCCUCGACGUCGUCGGCCUGCACUAUGAGGACCCGUUGUUGAAGCGCUACCUGUCAGAACUGCCGCGGUGCACGGGCGAGAGCGCGUUGAUGGACGCGAACACUAGCUACCGGUAGUACGCCGCAGGGUUUGGACGCGCGGGGUGCCGCAUAUUAUUACUAUGAUUGACAGGGUGGCGCGGCGUGUCCUCGUCUUUACGUGGUGGAGGGUAGAGAUCAGACGACGGGCCAAUGUUCGGGUUGAGAUGACCGUCUUCAAGACGAGUUUACCUGACACAUCCCUGCUAAGGGUCGCAGAGUUCGUUCCCACCUGUGUAUAGACACGUGUUUCUCUCGUGAGAUGACAGAUUUUUGCUGAGAUUUUCAGAUUCACGUCCAGCGCUCUCCUUUUUACUUUACUCACUGCUGACCGACAUACAAGAACCCAUAUAUGAUACCUGUAAUACAAAUCUACAGCACCGAAAAAGUGCCAGGUAGAAAGGCCCU